AUGGUCUGGUUUGUAGGAACAAGACCAGGAAAAGUAAAAAUUGUUGAAGAGCCAGCUGUCUACAGAUCUGGAAUGUGAGUAUUACUACAACAGCUUAUCAGUUUUAUAAUUAAAUUAUUAUUUCUUUCAUGUAAAGUCUGUUAAUUUAUUGCAUUAUUACAUGCAAUAUGUAAUAAAUAAUUUGUUAUGUCCAUAGCAAAAAUAAUGCAGAUUUUAAAGCCCAUGUUAGUGGUACAUUCACAGUAAUAUAAGACAUUUCCUUUCAUCAUUCAAUAUCUUGUUUUGUAAAGCUAUUAGAGUAGGACGUCGAUAACUAAAACUCUGAAGGGAAACUAAAACCAGUUCAAGUUAGUAGAGGUUUGAGUUAUCGGGAUAGAUUGAAUUAUUCAAUUUGCCAUGUCAUGUUAAUAGUUACUGAUUUUUCAGCACUUCGGUGUAUAGUACAGUGGAAAUUUCACUUAUUUCAUCAGAAAUGGUAACAGUCAUUGUAAUGCAUUCUUAUGAUAUAACAGGAUCUGCUUGUUGCACCAAUUAAAACAAAUUGCUGGUAGUGUCAGUUUUAGUGUUUUUACCAAUUGUAUACCAAAAGAGUUGUUAGCGGCCUGGCAUCUAAGUGGGGUUAGUUAUACAAGAACCAGAAUUCAAGUUAUUGGGGUAAAUUUCAGUGAAAUUUUGAUCAUGGAAAGGAAAUUAAGUUCAAGUUAGAGGGGAAGUCAAGUUAUCCAAGUUUCGAGUUAACUGAGUAAAAAAAGUGAAAAGUGAGGUGAAAUCUAAAGGAAUUGAGACUUUUUUUUAAGUUGUCCAAGUUCAAGUUAUCGAGAUUCUACAGUACUUUACAGUAACUUAAAAAUUAUUAUUUGAUUUGCCAAAAAUGGGUCUUGUUCCAGCAAAAAUAAGUAUAAGGCAAUGUGUCUUGGGCCUACCAGUCACAAUGUGUGGUAUUUCAAGCUUUAUUAGCCUAAUUAAUUGUGCCUAAAUGCUAUUGAAAUGGGUUCUAGUGCCCAUUUAGAGGGUGUGUUGUUUUAAUAAACAAAAACUGUAAGUGUGAAUAGAUUAAGUCACAUACUCAUGUCAUGAUAUACCAACAGAAAAUAAGUGCUAAACUAACUACUUUGUUUAUUCUCUUAAGGAACAACUUUUAUCAGCCAGCAGGUAGCCCUACACAAAAUGAUAACAAGGUAAUAAUUAUUCAAAAAGCGACUGACUUAUUACUAAGUUGGUGACAUUUAUUGAAAAUAUAACUUGUCAACAAUGAUUUAUAAAUCAGACAAGUCUGUUUCAAUUACAUAAUUUCGGCAACUAAUUUUCCUUAUUGGCAUUAAUGUCUGGGCAUGCUCCCAAACCAUGAACAUCAAUACAUUUUUGCAGCUGCUAUUUUGCAGAGUCCUAUCAUGGGCUCCUUUCAUGACAAGACUCACAGAUCCAAUUCAACUCCGAUAGUUGAUUUCCAAGAUUUAAUAUAUGUGGUCGGAGUUACUAAGCCUGUAAGUGAUAUGUGUGACUACUGCAUUUGUACUGAAAAUAAAUCAAAACAUGACUUGAUGUCGCUGUAGAACUUCAAACAACCACAAAAUAGUCCACUCAACUCAAGCACACCCACUUCACCUGUCAAAAUGCAGGACAUAAGAAAAGAGGAAAAAUUCCUUUAGCUGGGCACUCUUAUCUGCUGACUCUCUCAAGGUCAUUAGGGAUAUUUAGAUGCCACGAUGGGGAUGGUGGCAAAAAACGUUGCUUACAAAGUGACUUUGCAUUCCUUGAAACAUCAGCAUGAUUAUUCCAACUCUCUCACUUCAUCAAACAUUGACAAGUUUCCUGGAGUUGAAUUCGUAAGAACCAUCUGCACAUUCAGAAAGAGAAAGAAAAAUUUGUGGUUGUUUAUUUCUGUUCUCCAUGAAAUCUGAAAUUUGCCAUGCAAUGAUGGCAAAAAAAUACACCAAAAAGUGAGAUGACAUGGAUGCCUACAAUUCUCUGAUUCCUUAUUUGGGCAAAUAAAUUUCUAUGCUUCUGAUCGAGGGCAAAAAAAAAUCAAGCAUGCUUCUUAACCGAUAAGGAGAAGUUAGACACUUCAGGGUUAUAAUAAUGUUUCUGGUUACAGAAUAGAAAAUCACUCUCAUGAUAAACUUGUCAAUGAAAUAAAAAUUAAUGAUCACUGACAGUGAUUACAUUUUAUUUAUUUACUUUUCUUUGUUAUUUGUAGCUUGUAGCCAGAGUGAAACCUAGUCCAGUUUCAGGUAAUUUAAGUAGUCUUUUGUUCUAAAAUGAUCAGAGUACACACUUCUGCAAUCUCCUUUAGAUGUUGCUUUUAAUGACCACCAACUAAUUUUCCAGUCCUUCACAUUUUCUUCAUAAAAUAGUUUUUGUAAUUUAUUAUUGGAACUGAAUUAAAGCCCCUUAAUAUUUCAAUAAUUAUUUCUCCUAAAAUGUGACAGCAGAACCCUGGUAAAUCUAACUUGGAUAACUUGAACUCACCUGCUAACUCAAUUUAAGUCCAUUUCCCUUAGAUUUGACCCCCGUUUAUCAGUCAUUUGUACUCUGUAAACUCAAACUCCGAUAACUCAAAUUCCCUGCUACAGUGUAACUAAAACUUAAUUUCUUUUCCGUUGAUCAAAACUUACCCUGAGAAGUCAAAUGCUUGCUCUUUUGACCCUCCCUGGAUGGGUUAAUAGGACAGUACGCAUCAUGCCUAAGUAAUUGGACAGUACGUGCUAUCACACACACUUAAAUGGCUUUUUUUUUUCACUGCUAGCAAAGUAAAUCUCGGAAUUUCUUGUGUUUUGAUUCAAAAAAAGAGCCUAAUAUAUCACAAAUUUUGUCAAAGUCAUGAUUAAUUGGUAACAGAACUUUGUGUCGUCCAAUUCGGUCUGUAAUCAUUCUCGUGAUUAAACAAAUCGGACUCCCGCUACGUGGUAGUCCAAUUUUGUUAAUCACUCGUAUGAUUACAGGCCGAAUUGGACUCCACUCAGUCCCUUUACCAUUACCUAUUGGCUUUUGUGCAAGAUUUUUUCCUUCUUGAAUUUACCAGUGUAUGUACAUAAAUCAUAAAAUGUAUAGUUUGACUCCUACAACUAACUCUUUUCUGAUGCAUGACUUUUUAUUACUGUACAGGUCCAACUCAUCUUCAAGUAUUAGCUGGAAAGUGUUUUUCCUUAAUACAUAAUGGGUAAUGAUUUUAUAUAAUGCACUUUCGUGAUUUUCAGAUACCCUGUACUUUGACAGUUUUUAUCUCAUUAUUUUAUGUUCUUUUCAGCUACAAGUAUGAGUUCUGUCCAUUCCAUAAUGUUACUCAAAGGGAACAAACUGCAAGGUGGAAUGCAUUUGCAGGGAUCUUAGGGUAAGAGAUGCAUGAAAGUACAUAAAACUGGAACCAGCGUUGUGUUCUAGCUACCUACCAAAAUGUCUUGGCUCUUGUUUGGCUCAAAAGCUUGUUUCCAUGUAUGAAAGAUUUACAAACAAUUACUCUUUGGAGAAAAUGACCUCUACUACCACACAGGUAGCGUGCAGACCAAUAAUAUUGCCUCUUUUUUCGUGCAAAGAGUGAUUUGUAGUAUUCAUUUCUUUGAUUAUAGAACCAAAAGAUCUUAACUUGUUUCCAGGUUUUCAUUGAUGGGUCAGACAACAUUUUAGUCACAAUUCACUCCAAAGUAAAUGCAAACUAACAAAAAUGUUUUGUUUCUUUUGGCCAGUGUGUGGAGAGAGUGGGUUAUCCUCAACAACACUUUUGAAGCCAUGCUUUUAGCAAAUGGUGAUAUGUGUCCAGGCAACAUACCACGACAAACCAAGGUACAGUCCAAAACUAUCAUGAUUCACCUUUUUAUAACCUUCACUAUCUCAAAACUGUUUAAUACAAAAUCUACAUUUGAACUUGUGUACAAUGUCAUUUUUAUGAAUAUGUCUGGGAUACUUCCCCCAAUCCAUAAAAAUUUGAUUGCAGUUGAACCUCCAUGUUCAACUACCUCCCAUAAGUGACUGAAACACCACAUUUUUCCUAGUAAAAGCCCUGUAGUUAGCUUGUCUCAUAACAGACCACAUGUAGUACAGAAUGACCACAGCCACUUUUUGUGGUGACAAUUUUAUAAUUUUCCAUUGUUUUUUUCUUACCUCCUUUAAGCAACCACUUGAUGCCUGGUGUGAUGUUUUUGUUCAGUGUAUGUACAUUUACUGGGCCACUUAUAGUAUACAAAGAACUUUCAGUGGCUGCGUGGAAUUACACAUGUCAUAACUUAGAAAUUGUAUGCAAUUAAUUCACUUCCAACAGUUAGAUUUGUCUGGACAGCCUCUUAGAGACCCCCAGUGGGUCGAUUCUGGAGAGCAAUCACAAAAUCUUUGCAUUUUGGUUACGGUAGAUUAGGACUGUAUUUCAAUACCUUCCAUAGUAAGUCUUUGAUAAAUUAAUAUUAUGUACAAUUUUUAGGCAUUUCUGAGAUGUGGAGAUGUUAACAAGGUUAUUUCAGUUGAAGAACCCGCUAUUUGCCAUUAUGAACUGAGAUUUGAGUCUCCUUUGGCAUGUCCUAUAGAUGCUUUCCUAGGUGAGUUUCAACGCCAAAAUAAGUACAAGUCAUGAAAUAUAAGAAGAAAAAUUGUGGCUGAGGUUACUGGAGGAGCUUUAUAGCUGUGCUGUACUUCUCACUGUUAACUGUUGCUGGCUCUUAAGAUUUUUCUGGGAAUGUUUUUUGAGGAGCUCCCUAGCAAAGGUUUGACUUUAUUUCUUUUUGCACUUUCGACUUGUUUUUUAGUCCUCAACUCAUUUUUAACAAAAGUGAACUAGGUUCAGGUUCAAUUUUUUUACACACUAUUUGUGUUACAGUUGAAAAAUUAAAGGUGACAGCACAGAUUUCGUAAUUAUUCAAAUAAAUAACAUAAAAUAAAACGCAGAUAAUGCUAUAUUCGACGUGUGUGGUGGCCAAAGUAACAUUUGCUUUCGUAUUAGCCACCUUCACAAACACUUUAAGUUUAACCAACAGAAGAAAACAGAUCCUAAGACUAACUAGCAUAUUAUUUAAGAUUGAGAUAAGUUAAAGAUACAGUGAAUACAUUGCUUUCACUAGUCAUAGCUCCUGAAGUGAGCGUAAGUGGAGUACCAAACCGUGUACAUUACAUUUUAUCCCUGUAAUGAAUUAAAAUCGAUAAUGUUUUUUAGUUUAUCCGGUCCUCAGCACAGAGGGACAGAAAGAAUGGGAGCAAAUAGAAGAAGCAUUAUACCGUCAAGAGCUGACGAUUCAAGGCUACAAUAAAUACAGAAGAAGACUCUUUCAGAUGGAAAAGUUGAUGCCUCAAGACACAGCGAGCAAAGAGGAGAAAGAAGAGAAAAAGAAAAAAGUGGCAGAAGAACCAGUUAGCAACCCACAAACAGAUAAAAAGAAUACAGGAAAUAAUCAUAAUUUCCGUUCUAAAGAAGAGUGUUCCAAGGUAACUUAACUAGACCGUAAAAAUAUGUAAGGCUUUGCCUGCAUUAAUUUUUCCACUGCACUGUGUUAAUUCAAUUCCUUUUUUUUUUUUUUACUUUUUACACAUUCCUUUGCUACUUACAUGUUCGUUGGAGACGACAUGACCCUGAGAUGGUCUAUCAAUUCUGUGUCUGUAUAGCUCUUCUGUUCUUGUUUCUGCUUUCGAGCUAUCACUUUCUUUUUCUACAAUAUUGUCCCUUCUUUUCUCUACCAAGAUACGGCAGCCAGCUUACUAGUAAUAGUAUGCCCCAAAUUUGCCGUUUUCUGAGUGAUUUCUCAUGAGCAUCCUCCGUUUUCUUUGCUUCACAAAAUCAUUAUGCUUAAGCAAACUCCCUUUUAUAACGAAUUAAAUGUUCACCUUAGUUGUGGCAAAAUGUAUUUUAUAAGUCUCUAAUAUAAUGAGGAUUCAGGUAGCCACGGAAUUAAAAAAGAGACCGAAUUAGCCAUUUCCUAAACGAAUUUUCAUCAGCCUUGUGCACAGGGCUUUCUAAUAUAACGAAUGGUAUUCAUUACCAUUUUUGUGGCAAUAUGUAUUGGACAAGACCCCGAUAUAGCAUAGCCCCCUCAUUACAAACACAUUUUGCCACUUCCGUCAGCGGCGAUUCAUUAUAGCGGAGUUCUUGUGCGCGCAGCGCAGCACCUUGGGUAAGAAAAUUAGGUUAUCUAUGCAUCCAAGAAAUUUUGGUUCUGACAAAAUCGUGUGCUGCGAGGACAAUUAUUUUCCAAAGGGAAAAUUUAAAUUAUUUAAUAGUUUGUUUCACUCAGUGUAAGUUGUUUUUCAAAAAGUUUGUUUUUAUUGCUGAUUUGUUUGCCGUGCGUUAUCUGUCGGUGGUAUGUAACGAAGCUAAAUGCAUGUGGCUUGGCUUGUUUACGUUCGUACGUAUUGCGUGCCUGUUGCAACUUUGAAUCAAAACAAGGGAACUCGAUUACUCUAUUUGGGCGCCGCCCAAAUUAAAGAACAUGAAAUGUUACAGUGGCGGUGAGAAGCUAGUGGCCACCAAGAUGAAAAUAAGCGGCAGAAACACAUGCAACCUUUCCUCCCUAAAACGUGUAACCAGGACGUUUCUGGAAGUUUCACGUUGCAGUCGUGCAAAACAAUGGCAAAGAAAUGUACAAAAACUUGUGUGUUUUGCUGUUCUCAUGGCCUUCACCAUUUAGCAUUAUAGAAUUUAAUUUAACUAUAAGUAUAUUAACGACAGCUUCGCUUUUAGCCCUGGGUAAAUCUAUAUUUUAUCAGUGUCCAAACUGUAGAUACCAAGUGCCAAAGAUUUGAACUAAAAAUUGAGGUUGUUGAAAUUAAACUUAUAUUACAGGAUUAAGAAAGGGCUAGUAGUAAUAGGUCCUAAUAUAGGAUGUAGCCAAUCAGGGAGCAGCAAAGACAAAAGGAUCUAUUGUUUAAGUUGUCCACGUGACCUAAUUUGCAGGUCAUUUGGUCACAUGACCCAUGGACCAACUGCACAUGCACAACCCCAGGUCCUGUGCAUGCGCAGACUCACAAAGUGGGACACGUGGUGAGAUAGACCUAGUGCGCAUGCACGGACACUCAAAAAAUACUUCCCAGUUCCCUAACAAGCGGCACGACCGGAAGUCAAUAAAAAACAUCGGAAAUCAGGUUGUUUUUGUUUAAUAUCACCUCGAUUGGUUGCCCUUUGUACAGUCGGGACAUGUGCAACCAUGCGAGCCAUGUCACGCCCUCCAUUAUUUACAAGUCCAGCAAGAGGUCCACCUCCUCUCCGAUCGUCUCAUAGCCAUAAGGAUAACUCGAUUUAGUGUUUGUAUUGAUCAGGCGUUUGUCGAAUCGAAAACUAGUCCAUAAUGCUUUACACGUGGAAUGACUUUGAUCCGGUUUUAUUCCAAAUCCCUUUGGAAGUAAUAAGGCAUGACCACGUCCAGCGUGUGACAAUGGUCCUGUGGAUUGUCCAAUUCUGCCAAGAUGUUUUUCAUGGUGUGAAAAUUAAGGACAGCCUAACCGCGAACAUUCAAGGUGAAUCUGCAGACAUUGCAGAUCACUUUUCUCUCCCUUGUCACGUAACCGUAGUUUUUGGCACCAGCUGAGACGAAUUCUGUGACAACGUCACCAUCGCGUUCAUCCGUCAUGUCCCCAAGAAAGUCGCCAGUGGCGAUGAAGGGUUGACCGGGGCGCCAUUUGUACACCACACUAUUGAUAUCAUAGUAAAGGACUUACUUACUUGGAGGGCAUCUAACGACUCGUAAAGUUUGAGCCGAGCAUGACAGGUCGUGAAUGCAGCAAUGACGAUAUUGGUCUUGGUGCCCUUGACGGCAUUGUCAUGCACACUAGUAUAGACAGCCUCCAAAGUAUUGUCGGUACACAAUCGGAGGGUACUGAUGUCGAGGGCGUACUCGGACAAUAAGCUGAACAAAUGAGAUGGAUCUUUGACGGUGACGGUGGUGGGUUUAUUGACACGUUGAGCAAAUUUGCCCCAGAAACUGCCAAACAAAAAGGAAUCAUGAGAAUGGGUAAAAUGAAAAAUAAAAAAACGGAACGGAUAUACCUGUUAAGCAUUAAAUUGGCUGUGGCCUUGCGACCUGGAUUUUUGGCAAACAAAUUGGCUACGAAGAUGCCAUUCUGCCUCGAAAUGAGCGUAGACAAACAGAGGGCGUGGCAUCUCCAUUCUACCUUCUCCAUCCUCCUCAGGUUCUUUUUCCUCCUCUACGACAGGUUGAAUGUAACACUUGUGGUCAUGGAUGGAGACCCAGUCAUCACACACGGGACAUUUGGCAUAUUCGCACCUAUGACGUUGGCCUUUGACGACGGUGUACUGGGCCUGGCAGUGGAGACAUGUUUUCAUCGUUUGGCACAGUUUGGUGACAAAAUGAUGUUGUUUGCAUUGGACACCAUAAAAGUUGUUGUGACAAUGCGUACAAUAAUCGGAGGGUCGAGUGCCACGAACAUAAUCUGAACAGUCAAAGCGCCCACAAGCACGACAGUGGUUAUCUUGACGCGAAUGGUGGGUUCCAUCGUUAGUGUUGAAGCCCUUUUCGCAAUCCAGCAAUAAUACGAAUGAUUCACGAAAGCAGGAAACAACAUGCAACCAUCAAAAUGAUGGUUGGAUUUGAGUAAACAAAUCUGGUGCAGUGCUGUGGAACCCUUGAAGAUCAAAAAGAAAGUUUUCAUACGGGCCAUCACCAACAAUUGAUAUUGAGGGCCCAAAGCAUGUUGAAAUUGUUGGAGCUCCUCUAAUCCAAGUCCUCCAAGUCCUCCUCUAACCCAAGUCAAUCCCUGCUUGGUGAUGCAGUUCCUGGGCUUGCCGUUGUUGCACCGAAUACCCACGCUUUAAAUUUUCCCAUUGGCCAUGACCUGCACUUCCUUCCCCUUUGUGACAAUGCACUCGCAUGGAGACGAUGGCGCGAGCACAGCCUAAUGCAUGUCUGUUUUUGAUGGUGAUGAUGCAUCUUUUUUUCUUGUUUUCUCUGUCCAGACACCGACGUCCAGGGUUGUAUUUGUUACCUCGACCUGGACCCAGACCUGGCAUGGACACAAACACCACAUCCGCUUGGAAACCGCAUUCGGGGUUGAAGGACUCAUUGCUGUUUAACUUGCUUGCCAACUUGGCCAACAUCUCAUCCAAUCGAGCAGUCCGUUGCAAGAACUCAUCCAUGGCGAAAUUACCUGUUUGGUAGGCAUGCAUGAAACCAUGAGCGGUGAGAGCGAAAUUGACAAAAUGAUGAGCAGGUCGCUGCUGUCGAUGUACUUCAGCCUCGAUGGCAUUAUGCAAGGUUUCAGUCAAGGCUAGCCCAAUAUUAUCCCCAUCCACAGGAUUCCUCAAUUAGGGCAGCUGAGCAUUGAAUUACGCCCGCUCCAAGACAUUGUGCCAGCGGCAUCUUCUCCCAAUAGGUUGCAUAUUGAAUUGAAAGAGUGGACCAUGGGUAGAGCCACUACCCAGCUGCUCCCACCGGUCAAAGGCUCUGUCCAAAAUGGCGUCCUCUCCUUCUUCUUUAUUGCUGAAGUGAUAAAACAUGUCGUCCACAUUAGGAACACAGUUUGUCAUAGUUGGUGAAACAUGCACUGACCGCGGAGGUGAUUUGAAUUAUUCCGCACAAGGGGAUGGCUUUUAUAGAACAAAACAGGUGAUAUCACAUGAUCUGGGAUGGGUGGAAGCAAAUCAGGUGAUCGUCAGGAGCAACAUCAUGAUCAGAGAUUGGUGGAAAAGGAAUCAGGUGAUGCAUCGUGAUCAAGGCUUGGUGGAAAACGAAUUCUCAGGUGAGGGGUUUGAUCGUCAGGAGGAACAUCAGGGGUGGACCCCUAUGGGUACCAGAUUUCCUCCACCCGUGCCAUCCCUGGACCGAGGGCUAUGAUUGUCGGACAAGACGAUAGCUAUAGAUAAACCUCCUUGACACUAACCAGUUUCGUCAUGCCUAACCAAGAUCCUGAAACCGUGAAACAAUGGUAUGUGAAGAAUAGAGAGGCCAUUUUGAAACGAAAACAACAACAUCCAGCAGCAAAGAAGAAACAACAACAGCCGCGACCGAAACGCCCACCGUCCCCCAAGCAGACAGUGAGAAGAAAAGAACUUAACAGACAGGCGUGCAAUCGAUACCGAGACAGCCAUCAUGAAAAGGUGAGAGCGAUCAAUCGCACUUAUUACCACAGCAACAGGGAGAGGAUUGUGUGACAACAACGUGAAUGUGGAGCCAAGGCCAAGAACCCUUUUCGAAAAUUACGUGCUUUGGCCCAAGUGUGUACCGAGCAGUUGAGGUCUCUCUACCAUGUACCAACAAGCCAAAAAAUUGGACAAUACAGGGUGAGGAAGAAAACAGCUGUGGACGGGAUGGUGGACAUGAAGGCCAUCAACAGACAGCGAUAUCGGGAAAAGAUAGCCCAACUCAAGGCGGAGGGAGAAUACGAAACAUUCAAGAAACACAAAGCGACCGUGGGAGAGCGACGCUAUCACAAUAUGUCAGACGACCAACGGGCCGAAGUGUGCCAGAAAAAUCCUCUGUGUCAAAAAACCUAGAAAGAAAAAAUGGUGCGAGAGGGGACGUUUGAAGAGUACCGGAGAUGGCUGAAUGUGCGACAUUGAGAAAAAGCCACCGAGAAAAAACGAGCCAUGGGAGCCGAGGGGUGCAAAGACUCAGCGUGGACGCUAUGCUGAUUGUGUGAAGGCGGCCAAACGGAACCAUUGGAGCUGGUUAGACAACCAUCUGGCACGUCCCUUUCCCUUACCAUGGCAACUUCUUGAGUGGAUGGAACAAGAGAAUGAGGAGGAGGAGGACACUGUGCAGGCGAUUUGCAUGAACUCUUUGGAUCAGAUGGACCAUUACUUGUAACGAAACCAAAUAAAAUGAAUCGUGUGUAUAUAAUAACGUCUCUUUCAUUACUCGUUUUAAAAAAUGGGGGAACUUAAUACAAUCUUACAUGCCCAACUUGAGUUUAGCUUUCAUAACAUUUUUGACGAUACGUUCCAUCAGGGUUUUACAGCCUGGUAGUUUAUCGAUCUUGGCAAUCAUCUUGCGAUCGGCAGCCCAUUUAUCCUUCAAGUCCUUGGCUUUGCCAUAGUCGGUGUCAUGGGCUUUGGCAAUCCUGUCCAACCAGUUGCGUUUCAAGCUGCGUUUGACUUGCUCCCCUCAUUUAGUCCUCUUUGUAUAUCUUGGAGUCCCGCCUGGGCUUGCUGGACGAUGAGAGGAGCCGCUAUUUGAUCAACUCUUUGGCCAAUCCUUUUCCCUCCUGGGACGUGACCACGUGCGUGUGUUCGCGUGUUAAACUCCUCCUCGCAUAGUGCUGUUGUUCUGUGUGUAUGUUCUCUACCCGGGGGUGUGUGGCAUUUUUAUAGCUGUUUGAGUCCAAUGGUUACGAUGGUUUUGCCAGGAGGUAGGAUGGCCAGGGGUCCGUUGGGCGUGGCAAUCUCCACUUCGAUGAUAUCCAGUUGAUUCCCUCGAACAUUGGUGAUGCAGGGAUUCCACUGUACUUCGUCCAUCGCCUGUUCUUGAUAACUGCACUUCGCACAAGAGGGGAACUUUGCCACUCCCCACCACCGAAGAUUCCACCACAUCGGAAUACACUAUCGCCAUACAUUGCCUGACACCCACGAUCUUUUUGAAGGAGGCAUUGAGGUUGUUAAAACGCCAUUCCACUUAGAGCGACAGUUGCAAUCGGUUAUUUUCCACUUUGAAUAACUUAUUCAUCACGCUUGUCGUCAGAUUGAUGGGUUAAAUCCCCACAUAAGGUUCUCCAUUCCAAUUACAGGUUGAUCGCAUCGAGGAGUCGGCAGGUUCUGUCGAGUCCAUGUAGGUGAUGUCGGGGAGGGUGAAUUGUAAAUUGGGUCCCAACCAGUGUUUUGACAACGAACCCAAACUUUUCGGCCACAGAAAAGUCAAUGGCAAAGGAGGCCAGAGCUGUCGUUUUGGCUGAGUUCAUCAGUUCCACUUUGUGUAUAGCAUGCAAUAUCAAAGCAUCUUCUUUCAACCCAAGGUUGGCAUCCUUUUUUUUUUUGACACCGACAAUGGGAAUCUCAUCUCGAUCACUCAACAUGUCUUCUUGUUCUUUGGUUAGUGUGAUCAUGACUUUGUUGUGUACCGCUUGCAUCACCCGUUGCCAAAACAUGAGGCCAGAGGUCACAAAGAGAUCCGCAUUCAUCACAUCCUCUAACUCCACAGCAUAUUCUUUUCGCUUGAAUUCUAUCAGUCGAUAAGUCCCUAACACAUUUUUCAAACGCCCAUACACAGACCCAAUCGGACCACUUUGGUAUAAGGAUCACGGGCGAUCACACCACUGCUCUGUCCUUCAUCGGGCACGGUCAUGGACAACAACGAGGCAUGCCAUUGAUCGCCCGGCAAGGUGAGACAUUCAGACAGUCAUACCUUGAAACUGUUGUUGGCAUUUUGGGGAAACUUGUUGGUUGGAUCGCUGAUCGGUGUCAAUCAUUGGAUGUCACUCAUGAUGAUGAUGAUCUCCUGAGGGUUCACAGUCCUGUUAUAGCCACUGGGCCACUUUGUAUUUGGUGGCAGGGAAGCGACUCACCAACGACUUGUAGGUCAAUUGUUUGGGAUGAAAACACACUUGCUGAGCAAUGUCGGGAAAGGCCCGUGCCAGUUCCUUCAGGGUCAAGCGGGUUUUUUGUUUUCUGGGUUUUUUCUUUUGCAUCGGCAGUCGCUGACUUGUGCAUUGGCAUUGUUUUCUUUGCCGGGCUCUUUCUUCGCCCUGAUGAAAGGCAUUGGCGUACUCCCAUUGUUCCUUGGUGAGACUGGCUAAUUUUUCCCACCACUGCAAUUUUCUACGCGGGGUGUUUUGUUUUCGUCGGACCAUGACGUUGGGCUGGAAUCCAACUAUCGUACUUGGACGGCCACCCUUUCCACCGCACUAAAACGUUCCGUCCUUUUCGUUUUAAGACUUUUUCCACACGAAAUAAUGAGUUGUCCGACACUUGCACUUUCUGUACAUCGGGUUCGUAAAACGUGCGUUUUAUAGGCGUUUCGUCCCAUUUACUGAGUCGAUACGUGACCACUGAAUGACAACGAACGUGCAUGACCACAAACUGUCCACCCCGGUAAUUAGCCUUUUGUGAAUGGACGAUGUUUCUUGUUGAGUUGCACGCGAUCCCCGACUUGACAUUUGAGGGGUGGGGUCUUUUGGUCCAAGCGCUGGCCGUAGAGUUUGUCCCAGACCUCGGGCGCUGUCUGCUAUUGCUCGUCUUAGUCAAACACCAGGGUGGGUGUGGUAGGGAAGCGAUUACCGUCGGGGUUUAUGUAACGUAUAACUGAGCAUGGAUUAGAGAAUACGUUGCGCUUGAGGGGUUUUCAGUUGGUGGGUGUUAGCAAAAGGCUCUACCCCACCCAACACCCCUCGUUCAUGAGGAUCCUCGUAAGUGAGUGGCAACGACAUUGACAUACUGACACAAGAUAGUUUGAUGUCUUUUUCUUCAAUAUUUUUUUCAUAGAGACAUUUUGUUCAAAACAAUGUUCCACUACGGUACUUUUUAUGAAAAUGGUGCCUCUGGUUUCUCUGGGCUUCAGCCGAUUCAGCAAACUGGUUCAACCAUCUUUGCUGGGACACGAAAGGUGUGGACAAUUCUCCUGUCUUCCACAUGGGAGUCAAGCCAGCGUUGUCUCAUGAGGGGACAGGUUCUUUGACCCAUCUUCUCGGGAGGGGUUGUGCUUGGUCUCUGGGACGCCACAAAGGACCAUUGAAAAUAGCCACAGGGUUGUUGCCCUGAGAAAUACUCGCCACCGCUAAAGAAGACUUUAAUCUUGGAGGUGUGAUUCAACGUCAUCUUGGGGGUCCAUUCGCAUUUGCACUUCAGCGAACCUUGUUGCAAUUUGGCCCGCACUUGGGGACGGGUGUCUUCUUUCAGUUUUUGCAACUUCGAACAAAUACACGGGACAACUCUCUUGCGGACACUUGUACCUCAAACUUGCAAAUUCAGUCUGGGGGUUGAGACAAUAGAUGAAGUGGUGGGGGUGAAACGGGCAAGCUUGGUACAACAUGUCGUUCAUUUUAGCAUCCAUCUCGUUCAGCUCAUACUCUUCCCAUUCACCCACGUCUGUGGCAGGAUCAGGUUGCCACGUACCUUCAUCCACACAUUCUUCAUGGUAGUCCUUUAAGGUAUGAUUCAUCAACUCGUUUAGUGAUUGGGGUGGUGGUACUGGUGCUUCUUCAGCUUAGGGUAGAACACUCAGGGCAACAAUCAGUUCACUGCUGGGUGUUUCUGUGGCUUUUGCCUCUAGUUCUUUUGCUUUUUGUUCAUCAUUCUUCUUAGCAGUGGCUCGACAUCGUUUGCAUCCAGUAGGCAGGACAGCUGGUUGUGUGGCUUGACGCUCCAUGUCAAUUCACCCCACCAAAUGAACCUAACCUCGACAACACCUUUUCUUAUACACCCAUGACCUGUUCAUCAAUCUGUCCUGUGAUAAUGAUGUGAUGUUUUUCCACCAAUCCCGAACCAAUCCAUCAGUCUCGUGAUAAUGGUGUGAUAUUUUUUCCCACCAAUCCCGUAUCAUUCCAUCAUGUUAUAAAAAGGAUGGAUUCAUUGCUUUUCUUGCCAGUUCAUUCCAUCUCCGUUCCACUGUAAGUCGUAUAUCAUGUCUUUGCACAAAGUGGGUCUCUUGGCUUAUAGUCAGGGGUUUGUUUUAUCCCUUGAUGAGUAUAUCUCUUGGGAACUUGGUUUCUGGGAUUGGACGGGGCACCAUCACGUAUUGUUCAAAUACACUUAACCACCCGGUAUGGCGUACGCCACUUUAUCAGAGGAUGUCAAGGCCCGAGUGGAUAGUCAGACCAACACUGUCCAUGGCUUACCUUUUGAACCCUUCUUUUUUGAUCACAACCAUCAUGAAUUUCAUCCCUACCUUCAGCUGAGGGAUGAUGUCACCCACUGGUGUCAACAGCAUCUCACCCUAGAACGAUGGCACGUGGGUGUCUUCACCAUGAAUGGUCUCUAUCGAUUUUUCGAAAAUUCCCAGUCCAUGGUGGUCCGGAAGGACAGGGAUGUAGGGAGUUAUCGACGCUUCCCAUAGCCACUAUCAAUGUUAUGGCUACCAACGAUCAUGGUCAAAAUUGGUGUCACGAUCAUAUCCACGGUGAAUGCAAUAGCGAUAUAUGGCAUGAUUGUUGUGCUAGAGUAUGCGCCUGUCAAAUGAUGGUUGCGUCGACAGUCUCACGUGUUCCGUCUCUGUCCUAAGUCAAUGCCCAGCAGGUGCUUUAGCAAAAACGUUGCGAUCGUCUCUUGGAUGGGUUGUUAUGCAACCAUCGCAUUGAUAGCAAAGACGAUGCUUUUGCCCAAGGAAAAGGCGUGGAUUGGAUUCUCGAUAAUUGUGAUCAAUGCAAAACAGUCUGACGUAUAUUUGAACAAACCGUCACCUACCGGGAAUGGCAGGGACCCCUCAUGUAUGCCAAUGAUGAGCCGCAAACCAUGUGGGCUUGGAAUGCCCUUUCCAAUGAUCAUCAUUAAUUCAGACUUUUUUUAAUUUCAGACUAUGCCGCUAACCAUUUAUACGGGUGGCGCCAAAGGCGUGGAUACGCAUGUGGAACAUUUAUGUCACAAGUAUUGUCAUCAAUGCAUGGUGUUGAUCCCACCCUGUCACCCUCGUGCACGGUCCAUCACACCCAUAUCCAGGGCAGCAUUGGAUGCCGCCACACCCACCGUCACCCAGGUGGCUUUUCGAUUGGGUCGCUCUGUUAGCAAUCCCAUCACCCUACAGUAUUUACAGCAUAAUUAUCACAUGGUCAAGGAUGCUUCCUUCGUACUGGCUUUGGGGUAUUUUGAUGAUGCACGCAAGCAUGUCUUAGGCGGUACGGGUGGGAGUGUGGCCAUGGCUCAGAUAUUAGGCAAACCCCUGUAUGUCUUUGAUUUGGAUAUGGAACAGUGAUAUUGGUGGAAUCCCACUUUACAAGACUAUCUACCCUGUGGGGGUAUGACCGAGCUAUAGGUGUGCCUUCCUGAGUUACAGGAUAAGACGGCUAUUGUAGGAACACAAGAAGAAGUAUCCGUUGUCUAUCCCACUUUGGACGUUUUAUUCAAAUGAACAUGACAAAUGAAAAAACAUAAGCAAUCAUUGUAACAAGUUUAAUAAACAAGCUCAAUGGAUAACAUUCACGUGUACAGUGAUUUGUUCCAUCACUGACAUGACAUUAAAUAUCUUGUCCAAACGUGUCAUUACUUUCUCUAAUGUGUCGUAACGACGUGAGCGUCGCCCAAUCAUAACCAGUUGCAUGCCCACUGCUAAUUCUGUCAAUUUGGAUUUGGACUGUUCGAUCGAAAAGGCAAUGCCUUCAUUCAUCAGCUUGUCGAGGUUGAUGGGCUCAUGGCACCUUUCCACCAUCAUGUCAAUCUGUAUAAACAUAAACAAAAUGAGAAUAAAUUCAGUGGACCAUUUGAUGAAAAAGCAGUACAUUAGUAUCACUCACGGACAAUCGGUGGUCCAAGAGUCAAUGGCAGUGAUGACAAUAGCUUGUCCUGCGAUACCGGUUGCGCCUCACCACUUGAUUUCAUUGCCGGUCAUCGCCAAGUAUAUGCUGCCAUCCUGUCAUGGUGCAUUUCGGUAACAGACAGAUCUCACGCAUCACAUCCCACCACUUGUCAUGGUGACAAAGCAUUCCGCGAAAAACAGCAUAGAUGGUUGCCAAUCGAAGUGCAAUGGCGCAUCAAACGGCUUGUCUUUCACAUCAAUCAAUCUUCGGUAUUUCGUGUCGACGAGCAAGCAAUGAAUGUGAGGCAAUGAGUCACUCCUUUUUUGUAGCUGACCUCACGUGAUGGAGUAAUGUCAUCACCGGGUCUGGGAUUGGUGGAAAAAAAUCACGCCACCAUCACACCAUCGGUUAGAAAAGAAAACUUGAAUAAAACGUGUACCCAUGUGGGGUACCCCCUAUAAUUUCCUUUCGUCGUGUGAUUUGUUUCCCCAAUCAGAUAUACGGCUCAUCUUCCCAAAACACUGCACCAUCAUUCUUUCACUCAUACUUCACUGUCCAUCCAUGCAAACUUUGGAGCAACUCGUUUUAUUAACCGUGCCCUUUCUCAUCUUGUUGGACUUGCUCAAACAAGUUUGGCAUCUGCCUCUGAAGCUUCCCUUUUGGGAGACCCUCCUACGACGAUGUAGCACCCAAACAUUGACCAGUCUGUCCAAAACACUACCCUGAGAUGAUCCCGUGGCCAGAGCGCUGGAUUUUGAAGUCCAUCGUCGAAAAAUGGCCGGUAAGUUUAUGUCCCUUCCUCUUGUGGGUUGGCCUCUUCAUUCCUUUAUUACCCUUUUCUCGUUUUUAUUCCUCAUAGUAAUACUCUCCGAUUUGGAUUUUCGCUGAAAAGUCCUUUGGCCCACUAGUCUUGGCCUUUGUUCUCGUCGCUGUAGAUUAAAUUGGGCAGCACGAUUUUGGGUCCAAGAUUGUUAGUGUUAUUCACCACUCUCCUGGACCAAGCAGUCUGUCAUAUUUACAAAUGGGCUCAACAUUCGAGGCGUUCUCUGCAAUCAUUGUGAUCAUAUAAUGGAUUCGAGAUCUUUAGAGGAUGUUAUUCACAAGCGUAAUCCACCUUCUUUAACAGAAGAUGAUGUAAUCGAUUUUCCUCGUCAUUCCGAUCCCGAUCACGACGGGUGGAAUGAUGGGGUGAUACGCAUGAGAUUCCGUAUCAGUUCCUAUGUUCGGUCUGUUCUCUCCCUUCCCGAGCCUGAUUUGAGUGUUUUGGAUUUGUUCUUGGUACUUUCUACAUUCUCCGCACUAACAGGGUUCAUGGACAUUGGUUGGGAAACCUGCAACUGCUUUGCACACGAUGUUAUUUAAAUAUUCGUCUCGUAUCCAAGUUAACUACCUCUUGUUUUGGUGUGAUUUAUUAAUUGACUUGGGCUAUGAACGAACGUGAUCGCCCAGUUUUUUUUUCUCCUUAGAUUGUCAUUUCGUGCUACAAACAAUUUUCCUUCCUUCCCUUCAUCAGGGACUCACCAUUGAUGGGAACAAACAUAUUUCGUCAAAGAAACAUGACCGGCAAAUUAUUUUUGGUUUGCAAAUCGUGCUGGAUACAUGUACGACACAUCUCCAUGAUCUGUGAACCCUGUGACUUUUUCGACAGCAUCGGUUUCGAAUUAGAUAUAUUAUAAUGUUGUUUUAUUCAUAGACAGUCUUUGGAUAAUGAGACAUAAUGAUCAUUCGAGGAUGGCCAGUCGAGGGAAAGCUCGCAAUUGUUAGUCAUCAAGGAAUGUCAAUCCUGUUGUCAAAGUUCUUUAAAUAAGUUGUAAAAUAAAGCAUUUUUUUUCUUCUCAGUCAUUGGUUAAUGAGCACGGCAAAGAUUCGUCGUGGACAACCUAUCAGGGGAAGGCUUUUCCAUUAUAUUAGAACACAUGCAAAAUUGAGAGCGCGCCGUCACCAGGACGUCGCACAUUUCCCGUUUGUACCUAGGGUAUUGUCUCGAGAACGAAUUAAACCAAAAACAUAAUUUUGUUCUCAACACGGUGUGCUUUUUUUGACUCCCGGUGGCACUGCGUUGUCACUUCCGGUGACGUCAUAUAUCAUCCAUCGAGUGCGGGGGAUCUGGGAGCAGUUUUGGGGGCGUCUGCAUCCAUUCGAGGUUAUAUUCAACAAAAACAACUUGAUUUCCAGUGUCUUUUAUUGCCUUCCAGUGAUACUGCUACAAAUGCGAGGAGUCUGGGGAGCAUUAUUGAGUGUCCGUGCAUGCGCAUUGGCUUUAUGGGGUCAUGUGUCCCAAUGAAUGCAAGGGACCUGGUGAGCAGUUUGGGUGUUUGCACAUGCUCCUAGGAACCCGUUUAAGUGACUGCGCAGGACCUGGGAGCAGUUUGGGGGUUUGUGCAUGCGCAGUCGGUCCAUGGGUCAUGUGACCAAAUGACGUCAAAACAUGCAAAUUAGGUCAGGUGGCCAACUUAAACAAUAGAUCCUAUUGUCUUUGCUGCUCUGUGAUUGGCUACAUCCUAUAUUAGAAUCUAUUACUACUAGCGCGGUAAUCAAGUGAAUGAGGUUUCCCUUGUUGAGUGUAAGUUCAGUUGAUAAAAACCUUGGAACAGAAACCCAAAACUAUUUUAUGGUACGUCAUUUCCCUCAGCCAAUUCUCUUUUCUUGCUGUGUUGAUUUCUUCCCAGGCUUAUGAUGAUCUUUUGGCUGAGGUUCAAAGACUGAGAAGGCAGUCGAACAUCAGCAAUGACUCAAACGGCAGACACACAACUAAGUUACCGCCAGCUCCAUCAAACAACAUUCUUCAGAGUCCUACAAAUGACACACAGCUAUUAACAAAACUUUCGUCAAAUAAAGAUGGUCUGAAGAAUUUAAAUGAACAUAUAAAUAAUUCAGUGACAAGUUUUAAAGGUGACCUAGGUUAUAGAAGGACUCCGCAUAAUGAAUCAUCACAAGUUGGCAGACAGGAAAAGGUACUCUUGUCAGAGGGGAACAACAUGAAAGGAGAUCCAGGAGUGUUAAUGAAUAAAAAAGAAAAGUCAAGUGAUAUUAAGCAGACGAAACCUUUACGGAAGAAAUUAAUCAAGGCAGGAGAAUUCUGA